AUGCAAGGGGAAAGAAUCCUCAAAUCACUUCUAAACAGAGAGAUAGAUGGUCUUUAUGAGGAAACGAAGGUAAGUUGAUCAAACUUAGCUGUUUGCUAAAUUUAAGCUGCUGAGAAAUUAUGGUAGCUUAAUUGAGGACGCUUUGUAGCUCAGUUAGCGAAGGUACUUACGAUUUGUAAGGCUACUCACUUUCAAAAACGUUUCCUUGAAUAAAAAUUUAGUUCAUUUCAAAGCGAGCGUCUUGUUACACUCUAGCUUCAAUUGCAAGAAUCGCGCGCAUCUACAUUCAUGAGCAGGUCAUAGAAUGAGUGUCACUUGAAAGCGAUCCUCAACCUAAUAAAUUACACUUAUUUUAGACGUCUUUUUUGCCAAAGCCUCUCAUUUUUCUUAACUCCAUAUUUUAAAUGGGGUAGCCUUCACCCUUGAUAUGUUGUUUUUAAUAUUGUUUGCUGGAACUUGCAGAAUUAUCUUGCUCCACUGCAAUGUCCGCUAAAGAACAAAAAUGGCUGCCAAGAAGGAGGCAAAGCCACAGAGGAAACUGUAUCAAAGUACGCCGUUUUUUGUACGAAGUUCCUAAGGUGUGCUAUAGAGACCUUGAAAAAUGUGAAAGCCAAGGGAAAUGACCUUAUUCAGGUCACAGAUGCCUUGAAACUAGGUAAGAUGAAGCAUGUGAACAUCUUUAGUUGCUGUUUGGGAGUAAGGUCUUUUCUGAGUUCCUAAAAUAAGCUUAAUGCUUACUCUUAAAAUGGGACCAGCUUCAAAACCUUACUAAUGAAAUUCUACUUAUUUUUAGUGCUACAUUGUCAAUGUGGUAUUUCCAGCUCAAAUGACUAUCCAGUAAGACACCUAGAUAUUUUACAUGAUCCUUACACUCAAGGGAAGUAAGAAUGUGAUCACUAUUAUCAAACAUUAGAAUAUUGACCGAAUGGUCCAUCUUACGUUGGUGAGGACAAAAGAUAACAAAGUUUGAUUUUUUAGCAUUUAAUGUUAGCUUAUUUGCAUUGAGCCAGUCCGAGACUCUGACCAGUUCGUUAUUGACCAUUUUUUCAAGAGAUUUAAGAUUUUUGUCGGCAUACAACAAAUUUGUGUCAUCUGCAAAAAGGUAAAACGAAAAUUUCGCUGAAGAAUAAAACUUUACAACCUACUUAUGAUCUGGGACUCCCAGGUAGAUACAACACAUUUCACAGUGGAAGGAAAUAGCAUUUUCAACAUGGUGUAAGCAGGGCACAGCAAAGUGCUAUCUGAUAAUCCAGAGCCAGUAAGGCUUAAAUAUGGGUCAAAUAUAAGUUGUCCGAUAAGCAAACCACAUUUGCUUUAAGUGUGAGAUUAAUAGAGGGCUAUAAAGUUACAUGUAACUUGCAAAUUUUUCUGUUCAUAUUUCAGUGGGGACACUUCUCAACAACACUUUAUCACUCUGUCAUGGAAACUACCUGAAGUUUAUUCCUUCAGUAGAUCAGCUUGCUAAAACACUUUACCUUAUUGUUGCUCAGCUCAUUGCCAAGGCACAGUUUGAAAGGGCUCUGGAUCAUGCUAAUGACCUAUAUAAAUUCAUCCAGCUUCUUAAGGCGUGGAAGAGCUACGACAGUGAAAAGAUGGACAAGGAAAUUGGAUCACUUUGCUUACGUUCAUCUGAUUUGUUACUUCAAGGAGGAGGGAAGUUAGAGGAGGCAAAAGUACCUCCAGGGGAAAGACCAUCUCACUUGUGUGUUGUGUUAGAAUGGAGAAAGCUCUCAUUACUUUUUCAAGCAGAAGCAAAUGUACAUUCUUCACUAAAAUCCUUGGUAGAUAGAACUCUGAAAUGUGGGACAAAAUUUCAAGUGGAUUGUGGGCUCAAGAAUGUUGAUUUUAAAACCUUAGCAAGCUUCUUUAAAACCAUUUUUAGUACACUCAUGAACAAGCAAGAACAACUGAUUGCAAACAGACGAGAAUUUACAGUUCUCUUGGCUGAACUUGGAUUUCAUUAUGGCAGAAUUUGUAAUAAGGCUGGAAACUCAACAGAAGCUUUGGCUGUGUUUGAUAAACUGUUGAAAACUGCAGGAAAUGAAAACCAUUGCAAAAAUGGACAUUUUAAACUACAAAUACCUUCACAAGUUUGUUGCUGUGUGUGUUUAGUCUGCAAGGCAGCUAUUUUGUUGAACUCUACUAUAAAAUCUCAAACUCAAGAAUCUCUUCAGCAGAUGUUAUUCCAAAGUAACCGGCUAAUAUCCCAGAUCCUGAGGUGUAGCACAUUACCUUCACCAAUGUUAAAAUUACUUUCAGACUCCCUGGAGUACUUCAGAAUUAAUUUGCAAAAUGAAAGUAGCAAAAAGAGUAAGGAAAAAUCACCCACUCUUUCAUUGAAGACUCUCCAAGCAACAGUACAAGUGCUGCAGUCUUACAUCUCAGUCUUAUCUUUGCAGUCAGAGCGGCUUAAGUCAGAGCUGCUUAAAUCCAAACAUGACGAUGUCGUGGCACAGCUAAAACAACAGGUUCUAAAGACCACAGAACGGCAAAUGACAGUAUUUAGUUUUGUUAUUUCUUCAUAUCAAGAUCAGUUGAAGAAUGAAAAAGAUGCAAAAAGUUCAAUCAGGGAUUCAAGGUCAGUAGUACAGGUAUCGCAAAACUUUAAAACAGUUAACUACAGUGUACACACUGUAGUUUAAUGAAAGGAUUAUGUUGUGCUUUUAUUUCUCUUUGUUUUGGGGCAUAUUAAUAGAUGAAAAUGAGUGAAAAACAAAGGGAAACAGUGUGCAAAGAAAGUAGUAUCUGAUAGCCCGCGGCUAGUGGAUUUUGGCAUUGGGCUAGUGAAUUCUGUUCUUAACUUGCCCGAUGGGCAAGUGAAGUAUGUUGAGGAAUUCAACUUGCAGAAGAACUGUGAAAUCAAUUCUGCUCAUCAAAAAAAAUUGAGGGGCUAGUUGAAAUGACAUUUGGGCUAAUAAAUGCUAGCUUCAGCUUGCUCAAAUUACAAGCUGUAAAAAUGACUUUCUUUGCACCCUGGGAAAUAAAAUUUAAACGAAGGAUAAAUUUGAACCAUAACAUUAUACAUGUAACACUGCUCAAACUUUUUUUGCAUAUCCAGUAUCCUCAACUCUUGCCGAUCAGCCUACCGAUUCUUGAAAGAAAAUUACAAAAUAAUAUCUCUAGAAUUUGUCUUUGUGUUACACACAAAUGGGGAUGUACACUGUAGGCAAUAUCUCUGACAAGAUGGCAUUUUGGGGAAGAUGUACCAUAAGUAGUCUGGGUGUGGGAAGGUCCUUGGAAAGAGACUAAGAGAAAUCUAGUAAGAAUAUCUAUAAAGAAUAGGGGAAUGAAUGAAUGUACAGCUGUUGGUGGACCCUUACAAAGAACUACAGAGGCGAAUGUUACUGGGUAUCAAUAUUGAGAGAGUUUACUGUGCUGUUAAUGUUAACACAUUCUUUAUUUACACUAUGCAGAUGUCAGAUCUUUAAGGACUGUAUUCCAGUAGUGGAACAAGCAAACUCUGUACUUCAUUCUGCCCUUGAUGAUCCAGACAUCCCAUUGUCUCCAAACGAGCUCCGCUGGCUAGGCUGCAAUGUGUACAAUUUGGGCUGUGUGUCAUAUCAGAGAGAUUGCUUUACUGAAGGAGUUCCUCUGUUAGCUAUUGCUUGUGAAGAGCUGCGAGUAUGGUGCUUUAAUGGCAAGACUGAUGAGGAAAUUCUUACAAGGAUUGUGGAGGUAAUAUGGCCUUAAGCCUUGUAAUUUUUCUAACAUACUGUGUGGCAUGAAAUGUUUGUGGGAGUUUGCAAGUUUUGUGUUUUGCGGGAACAAACAGUGCUACAGUUUGUGUACCCUACACUGUAUGUAAAACCAGUAUAACAGAUUACUUUUCUUUGUCAUUCGAUUAAAGUAACAUCUGGGAUGACUGAUUGUUCUGAUGAUCGAUUGGAAGAUGUUAAGUUGCAAAAUAUUUACUGUGGAGAAAUUUUUUGCAGGAAAAAUGUGUGCUGGAAAAAUCGCAAAAAUUAGAACCCGCAAAAAUUUCGUGCCACAAGGUAAAUGAUGUACCAUUUUGACAAGCCCCAAUAGAGAUGAUUACCAAAUUUAUCCUUUGUAUAAUACUAGUGCUCACCAAUAAUUUUUUUCAUAUUGGGUAUUAAAUACUAGUCUUGUGAUUCAUUUUUUUGCACUGUGCAUAAAAUGCCACAUCAAUGAUUUUCCUUUUUUCUGAGAAAUGGAAGCAAACACUUGUGAUGUUAACCCACCAGAUGGGUCUUACAGUAAUCUGUCCUGUCAUGCCAUCAUUAAUAAUAUAACUGAUUUCUUUUAGGUGAAGCUCCUAACAAAAUUUGCACUGCUGACUGACUGUCAGCGACGAGCCAAACAGAUGGCUGGUGCACUGACAACAGCUACCACUCAGGUUUUCAUGGCACUUCAAACUGAUUCUGAUGCAAAUGUCUUGAGGCAGCAGAUCAAACAAUGGACCACAGUGAAACAUGAGCUGGUGAAAAGUAUGCAAGAUGAAAAGAAACAAGCUGAAAGAUCAAGGUUUGUCAUGAAUUUUCAUUAAAAAAUUACUUUUGAUUAAAACAACACACGCACCACUGGUUGAGAAUACAUGAAUAUGUCAUAUUUUAUUACAACUGCAUGAAUACUUCAGUGAGGUGCUCUUUUCUAAAAAGUAUGAGAUUCUGUUAGUCCAAAUACGUCAUGUGAUGUCUUACCUGUCUUUCUAUUUUUCUCUGUUUACCAUAGAACCCUUAGCAGUGUUUUAGCAGAACAGAAAGAUGCUGAAGAUAUUAACAGCAGUCAGCUUUGUUUAGUUCUUCAGGAAGAGCUUGCUUCUUACAAGGCAAAGAAGUAAGUUCUCAAAAAGACAGAUAUCACAAGGUUUCUGGACUUGUGGCAGAAACAGGGAAAGAGUUCCUCAUUUUAAUUGUCCAUUUAGCUCUUUUAUUACCAUACAAUAUAGUAUGAACAAGAUCCUGGAAAGAAAUAAAUACAGUUAAACUGGGAAAACCAUGAGCACCAGAAAUAUUUCUGGAAUGCUAUUGUCUUGCAAG